AGCGUGUUGAUGGACGCUAUGGAGAAGAUCAGAUACUCGGGCAGCUGGGCGACGGUGCAGCACCUCUCCGUCAGGGGGCUCCUCCCUAGCACUGAGAACUAUAUGACCUAUGAGGGGUCGCUCACACAGCCCCCCUGCCACGAGACCGUCACCUGGGUCGUCGUUAAUAAGCCAAUUUACAUCACUAAACAACAGCUGCACGCCCUCAGGAAGCUGCACCAGGAGACCAAGAAGAUUCCGAAGGCUCGUAUGGUGAACAACUUCAGGCCAGUGCAGCAGAUGUAUCACCGACCUGUCAGGACCAACAUUGACUUUACCAACGGGAAGCAACUCAACUGUCCCUCUAUGGCCAGACAGAUGUAUUACACAG